UAUACUCGGUUCGAUCUAAACAUUGAUUUGGUCCGGCACGGACCGGACCAAUGUAGUCAAAAUCGUGAUUCAACGUAGAAGCGUUUUGAUGCUCUAGGAUCGUAAAAAUUAAAGUUUUUAAGCGUAUAUUUUCACUAAAAUUAUAAGAAAAAAUCAUGAUUUUAGGUUGAAAUGUUUUGAUGGCCUAAAAGUGUAAUAACGUAAGUUUUAAGUUUUGAAACGCGAUUUUAACUACAUUAGACCGGACCAUUGUGGUUACAUCCAACCGGUACGAUUUGGUUCAACCAACCCGCGGAAUGUGGACUUCAUGAAUCGUUGGGGCCUCACUGAGGAGUGAGGACAGAGAUCUGUUGGGCCGGCUGUUCAACUUAUUAGCCCAAGAAUACUGAAGUAUAGCCCAAGUUGAGAUAUUAAAGCAAAGAAGCCCGAUUCUGAAUAUGCCUGUGCCACCUGAAGGCUGAAGCAAAAUAGCCAUUUCCAUGGCUGUCUGGAAUCUCUGGAUGUGUUCUUCUGCGUCCAUCACCCUCCCACGGUUUCCCUCUUCGCUCACCCAAAUUGUGGACUGGAAGAAGAAGCUCUGCAAAUUUGAUUCCUGGAACGACCACAAGAAGGCAGAUUCUCCCCCACGAAGUUCUUAUCGGCCAAAUUGUUCAGUUUGCUCUUCCUCUAACUCUACUCCCUCUUCUGCUUCUUCCUCAAUUUUGGUUUCGGAAAUGUCUAGCGAGAGGUCGAAGAAGGUGUGGAUACUUACACAGAGCAAGCAAGUCAUGACUUCUGCUGUGGAGAGAGGGUUGAACACCUUCCUCUUCUUCCCCCAACAUCGAUUUCUCGCCGAAGAAUGGUCUUCAAUUGCUUUGAUUCGCCCGCUCUUUAUCAAGGAAGAAGAGGUUUUGGAUUCUGAAAAGCGGAGAAUCGCGACGGUUUUCGAAGUUUCCACCCCGCAAGAGUUACAGCUGCUGAACCCAGAAAGUGCAAAGGCUGAUAAUGUCAUCGUUGACUUAAAAGAUUGGCAGAUGAUACCGGCGGAGAACAUAGUUGCAGCAUUCCAAGGAAGUGGGAAAACGGUAUUUGCAAUCUCCAAAUCGGCUUCUGAGGCACAGACUUUCCUCGAGGCUCUAGAGCAUGGUUUAGGUGGGGUUGUUCUCAAUGUUGAAAAAGUUGAACCUCUACUCGAGCUAAAGGAUUAUUUAGACAGAAGACAUGAAGGACAUAAUCUUUUGAGUUUAUCAAAAGCAACCAUAACUCGGAUUGAAGCAGUUGGUAUGGGUGAUCGUGUUUGUGUGGACCUCUGCAGCUUAAUGAGACCUGGGGAGGGACUACUGGUUGGCUCCUUUGCCAGAGGACUAUUCCUUGUUCAUUCGGAAUGCUUGGAGUCGAAUUACAUUGCCAGUCGGCCUUUUCGUGUCAAUGCUGGUCCAGUGCAUGCAUAUGUUUGUAUACCUGGAGGGAGGACAUGUUACCUCUCAGAGCUCAAGGCAGGAAAAGAAGUUAUCAUAGCUGACCAGAAGGGCCGCACACGUACUGCAAUUACUGGACGCGUGAAGAUAGAGACCAGGCCUCUUGUUUUGGUGGAGGCAAAGAUAGAGUCGGAGAGUGAAACGACUUACAGCAUCUUCCUACAGAAUGCGGAAACAGUUGCCUUAAUACCCCCUAUUUGCAAAGUUAAUGAGCCGCAGCUAGUGACUGCAGUUCCUGUGACUUCACUUAAACUUGGUGAUGAAGUUUUGUUGCGAGUACAAGGAGGGGCUCGCCAUACGGGAAUAGAGAUUGAGGAAUUCAUUGUUGAGUCUUGAAGUCAUUCGUAUAUGUUUUGCGUGCUCUCAUCGAAGUAAAUCUUCUUGUAAGUACAAGGAAAUGCUUGUUGUGUGGCCUUCUCACCUGCACGGAAUCUUGGAGGAACAAGGCUUGGUUCUUGCGCUUGGAACGCACACACCUUCACUACUUCGCUGCCAGUACAAGGAAAGGAACAUGAGGUCUUUGGAACAAUUUGAGGGAGGGGAUUGGCGGCUAAGAAGGGGUGGAGUAGCUUAGGGUUAGAAUUAUGUUUAUUUUAGCGUUUUAGGAUUUUUUAUUUAUUUAUUAAUAUGUACUUUGGUUCUUUGUUUCAUAAGAAGAAAUUAAAAUUAUCUUUCAUUUCAAAAAUUAUAAUUCAAAUUCUAAGGAAUUGAUCUCAUGGCAAUUUGAGAAUUAGAGCAUACACCAUAUUAUAAGUUUGAAACUUGUGGUCAACAACCAUCUAGAAAAUAGAAAACACAAUUAUUUAUCCUUUUUAGUUACGUCGUCGACCUCUUCUCUUUUUCUCUCCCAAUUCCUUCUUGAAAUCUCUAAAUUUUGUCUUUCGUUUAAAAAAAUAUCUCUAAAUUUUGUCUCUAAUUAUGCUCUUCAAUCCCUAAAUCUACCUCUAAUAUCUUUGUUUCUUACACAUUCGUCCUCCGCAUACCAAUGAGUAUACAUCAAGUAAAUUUCGUUUAAAUUAAAUCAUAAGAAACUGUAAUUAACGAAUAAAAGUUGAUAUUAUCUAUCUUUACUCAUCCCUCUAUAAUAUAUAGCAGUUCUAUAUUUUGAGCAUUUCAAAUUUCUUGCACUCUCCUUAAUUGUAGCUAGGAGUAAAUUUGUAAGUUCAACUUAGAACUUAAAUAUCUUCUUACGAGAAAAAAAUGUCAUUACCAAGACUUGAACUUGAGUCCUUCAAAUUGAUAAUCAAUAUCCCUAACCAACUGGAAUACAACAAUGUUUAGGUAUUUUUUGAAUUAAAGAGAGAAAAUACUGAAAUAUCUCAAAAUUAUAGGACUAUCCAUCACAACAAUCAAUCAUCGAAUUAAUUAAUAACUGUAAUUAUUUACAAAGUGAAUCAUCAUGAUAUACCUAGCUUUAUGAAUCAACUAAGUGAGUUCCUCUAAUCACACAAUUCUUCACCAAGAAUCAAAUAGUACAUUUUAAGUUUAUGUAUGUCUUACAACUUUUACAUUCAUUAGGUUACAUGACUUUGUAGUUUGUAGAAAUACAAGGAUCGUUUACAAAAGUGCUAUACAAAAUUUUAUUUCAAAACAUAAAAUUUGACAGUUGUGAUCUAUGGUUUUGUAACGAGACAUUUUCAAUGCUAUAAGUGAAUGACCAAAAAUCAUUGGCUAACAAUUUCCCUAACGGUUGACAAUUAUAAGCAUAGAAUUGAAAGACUAAAUACCAUUGACAAAUGAGUCAAUUAUCAUUGGCUAAAUUUAACAAACAAUGGUGUGUGUAUAUACAUUGAAAAUUCUAUGGUACGCUCGAUGGAUUGAGGAUUAUUGCAUCUCCUUAGUAAAAUAACAUUAUCUAGAUCAUAGAUUAAUCACGUAACUAAACCCUAUAUCAUAAUUCUCUAAAUCCUAAUAUAGUGCAUAUGGUAUGUUGUAUACAUCUUGACUAAUCAAAAUCAUUGAUUAUGUUCUUAGUAUAUGUGAUAUUAGGGUUUAAGUUCUAUAGGUUUAGGGUAUAUGAUUUAAUUAUUUUGAAACUUAAUCUCCCUUUUCAAAUUUCCUGCAAUGAGAGGGAAAUUACGAAGAACAUUUUUGUCUACACAAUUAUCUGUAUUUUUUUAUUUAUUUACAGAAAAAAUAGACAUAUUGAGAUUUGAACCAUGGUCACUUCAAACAAAGUGAAGGUUUAAAAUUAAUCAGACUAUGUAGAUUUGUUGUAUUUUUUUAAAUUAAAAAUAUAUACGAAGCUAAAAUAUGAAAUCACAAAACUUUUCAACAGCUAUCUAGCCCAAUAAAUAUUUGGUAAGUACUUAUUUGGUGUUUUGAUACUUCAAUUUUGAUAUUUUUUAUUUUAAUUAUAGUUUAAUACUUAAAUUUAAAAUUUUAUCUAUCUUAUAAAUAGACGAUAACCAUAAAUUUGCAACCAAAAAUUGUUGUUUCGAAUAUUUCAUAUCGAAUUAUGGUAUUGAAUAUGUAGAAGCAAUAUAGAAUUCUUAAAUUACCAUUAAUUUCCAGAACUAUAGUGAAGCAAUCAGAUCUUUGUGCAAACUAUAGGAGACUGGUUCUCUGAACAUUUUUGUUCGGUUAAAUACUAAGUUUUGAAACUCUUCCUAGGGGUGUACGUGGGUCGGUUCGUUUGGGUUUAGAUAUUUUAAUCACCUAAUUCAUAUACCACGAUUUUGAAAACACUAAAUUCAAACUCACCCAAAUAAUUUAGAAUUUUAACGAUUUGUGUCCUCCAUACCAAAUGAACCAAUUUACAUGUCGCUUAACUAAAGACUAUCUCAUUGUCCAAUCCCAUCAUUCUAAUGUCAAUCCAUAAAAGUAACCCAUAUUCGCGUUUGUUAACACAUGUUUCAUAUUGUCAUUACUGUGACCGGUAACUUCGCUGCAACUGAUUCGGCAUUGCUCAUCAUAUGGCCUCCAAAUUGAUAAACAUAUCGGGCCAGCAGUUUUAUGACAAAACUCAAAGUGAAGACAACUCAUCAUUUGGUGGAAUUUUGGUGCUUGCUGGUGUCCAUUAAUCAAAUUGCAAGCAUAAUGAUUGCUAAAUUAAGCUUUCACGCAACACACUGGGAGUUGGGGGUGUGUACUUGGAGUAAAAGUUGAUAUUAGGUUUGGGAAGGGAUUAAGGGAAGUGGUGAGAGGAAGAAAUUGUGUUUGGAUUUGGUAGCAGGUAAAGUUCAUGGUUUGGUUUCUUUUCGUAAAAUGCUUUGAUUUAUUUUAGUUAGAGGUAUAAUAUCAUGGUUAUGUGGGAUCAAAUGAACCAAAUAUGAGCUUGGGGGAUGGAAAUUCCAACUUAGAAGGAGUGGAUUAGAUUUUGAUAAACUCAAGUUCGUGAUUAACUGAAAGAAUAUUUAGAUUUAGACUUUGUGGUAUUGAGAUGUCCAUAGAGAGUUUAAAACUGAUCCAAGGCCAUGGAUUGAUAUUGGUUAGUUGAUUGUGAUUUUGAGGAAGGUGUAUAAAAAGUCAUGGAAGUAGUUUGCAGUAAGUGGAGGUAGUGAAGGCAGUCAAGAGGCAGUUGGUCAGGGUAGUGAUUGAACCAAGGAGGAUAUUGAAAGACAUACAAACAAAAUCGGAGCAGUUGAAGAGAGAGAAGUAGUAGAUGAUCAGGAUAUUAAUGAAAAUGGAGAGGGUAUUGAAGGGCAUGGAAGUGAACUGGAUAAGGUGAAGGCAGAGAAUGAGGAGAAGAGCAUAUUGAUGGAAUUGAAGAUGAGUGUUGGUUUUACGAGCUUAUUAAAACUACCCCGAGGAAGAUGAGUUGGCCAAAUACAAGAAAGAGGAUUGAGGAGUUGGAAAUCAAGCUGACAAGAAACCAAUUGAAAGAGAAAUUCAAGUUAAUGGAGAGAAGGUCCAUCAAAGUAGCAUAAAUGGAGUUGCAGAAGGAGGAUUAUAAAUUGAAUUUUGGUUUAAAACAUAUACGUCGAGAGAUUGAAGAUGGAGGGGAUAAAAAGUUGGUUGUACAACGAAGAGUGGAAACUAUUGGAAUUAUAGUUGUUAUGGUUGUUGCAACUACCACAACCUAUGUUUAUGUUAAAACGAGGAAUCAUUGAUUGAUUUACUAAAGUUAAGGUCAAUUCACUAUUCAAACUACUGGAACCUGUAGAUAAGGAGUGUCUAAGUUUGUGCCUUAUUACAUUGAUCGAGUCUAUUAGUAUAUUGGAUGUAACUCUAAUUUUUUCAUUUGCUUUCAAGUAUUGAUGGUCUCCUUUUAGUUGAGUUGUUAGCAUAUGAUUUACUUGAAUCAACAACUCUUCAUUUUUGUUUAUUUUUAUAAAUCCAUUUCUUUUUUAUUAGUGGCAUCCAUUUAUGUGGGAUUGUGAGGUUUCAUUUCAGUUUCAAACUAUCUAUGGAUCGUGUGGGAAUUCCAAUGAGCUUUUAUAUUAUAUAUUUCUAGACAAUCUAUUAACCAAUAUCAUUUUAAUGGGGGCUCAAUUAUCAUUAUGAAAAUGGGAUUAAUGAUACAUUUUUAUAUUCUUAAAUGAGGAGGGUAUUUUCCUGAAUGUUCGACCUAUAUAUUCAUUAUUUAUGUAGAAUCUCGAUUGAAUGAUUUUCAAUAAAUUUUAACAAAUUAAUAGACUGAAACAUAACAUAAAAAUAUAAAUAUUAAAAUAUGAACAUUCCGGCCAACGCGCCGGAUUAUAAACUAGUGUGGUUACAGAACAUUUCUUACACCUUGUAAAGUUGUAAUGCUAACUAGGGAAACUAUACCAAACUGAGAAUGAGAGUUGAGACUAUUCUCAACUAGCUUAUAACCCGGCCCGUUGGCCGGAAUGUUCAUAUUUGAUUAUUUGUAUUUUUAUGUUACAUUUAAGUCUAUCAACCCGUUUAAUUUUAUUGACAAUUCUUCGAUCUAGAUGAUAUAUAAAGAAAGAAUAUAUAGGUCGAACUUUUGGAGAAAUAAGAAUAUAAAAUAUAAAAAUGAUUGAUCUCAUUUUUAUAAUGAUAAUUAAGCCCCAAUUAAAAUGCUAUUGGUUAGUUGAUUGUCAAGAAAGAUAGAGUACAAAAGCUCAUUGGAAUUCCCACACGCCAUAGAUAGUUUGAAACACAAUUUUAAACCUCACAAUCCUACAUAAAGGGUUCAAUGCACUCCUUAGGAACAAUAUGCCACUAAUCAAAAAGAAAUGGAGAGUUGUUGAUUCAAGUCAACUAUAUACUAACAACUCAAUUAAGAGGGGACCAAUAAAACUUGAGAGCUAACGACAAAAUUAGGGUUACCUCCAAUAUGCUAAUAAACUCUAUCGAAGUAAUAAAGCACAAAAUUAGACACUCUGUAUCUAUCAGUUCCAAUAGGUUGAAUAAAGAAUCGACCUAGCUGCAAAAACCAUAAACCUAAAGGUCCAAUAGUCACCACUCUCUGCUGUAGAACCAAAUUUUUAUCUCAAGAAACAUAUGUUUCAAUAAAAAAUUCAAUCUCUAAUCCUCCUUCUACAACUCCAUUUAUUGAACUCCAUUCUAUUUGUCAUGGAUUGAUAUCGGAGUUGAAAUCUUCUACUUGCCUAGCUUAAAUCCCGAAUAAUAAAAUCGUAGUGCCAAGAGAUACCAAAAGAUUGAUUUCAAAGGCGGCCUUGUAUUAAAAAGUGAAAGGGGCAUAAACUAUUGCACGAUAGAGGGAAUUUCGGAGGAAGUUAAAAGAGAUAAGAACAAAGAUAAAAAAAAAAACACUAAAUUUAAAUUUAAAUUGAAAAUUUCAAGGAUACAACACGCAGUAACAUAAUUAGUUUCUUCUAUGGUAGCCAAUUAUCAAUCUACCUUUAGCAAAAAAAUUAAGGCGAGAGCAAAAAAUUUAAAAUUGAGAAAAUUACAUGAAACUCUAGCUACUAUGAAAACUGAAGUAUCAAGCACCAUAAAAAUAUAUAUGGUAGACUUAGUGGGCUUGGUAAUCAUGAUGGAAAAUUCAUCCAAUUUUCAGAGUCUAACUUUGUGUAUGCUUUGUACUAAAAAAGAUACAACAAAUUUGUUUAGUGUAAUUGGUUGUGAUUGUUGUCUUUGUUUUAAGAGACCCAGGUUUGAAUCCUCAUAUUGAUAUUUUUAUUGAGAUAAAUAUUUAAUUGUAAAGACAAAAAUGUCCUUCCUACUUUCACUCUAAAUCAACAGAUAUAUAUAUACAGCAGUGUGUAUCCGACUUUUGCCCACUCAGCUAUUGAAAAGCAAUCCCUAAUUUGUGGAGGGGCAUUUCUGAUAAAUUACACCUAGAUUAUAAUCCUAGCUCAAACACCACAGCAGGGCUAGGACGGAGGCCCUCACAUGAGCAUUUAAACGGGCCGGUUACUGCAAAAUAUGAAAGGGAUUUUAAUGGCCUGGUUAUGUAGGCCUUCACAUGAGCAUUUUAAUGCCCCGGUUAUUUAGGCCCGCUACAUAUGAAAGGGAUUGGUGAAAUUCUCAAUCAGACACCAGCGAAAACAGUUCGCAAAUCACAGUGUUGGCACUCUCUCUGUUCACUAUUUUUGUAUGCACAAAAUCCAUUCUUUUCGCCGCUUUUAAUUCUAUUAAUUUUUUUUAACUUCACUGUUCAACAAAAUUAUAUUUGAUUUCGAUAUCUCAUUUCACAUAUUUUCCAACCAAAUCCUCCCUUUAAGUGUGGACGUUGGUUUUCGGCCUCCAACUUUGAUUAUGGUUAAUUUAACCCCAAAGAAUAAUCAUGGCAUUUUAGGUUCAAUAGAGAAAUAAAUAAUUUUUGAAUAUUAAGUUAAUUGUAAAUAUUGAUUUGGAAAAUGUUGAGAAAUAUAUAUAUUGAAACGGACAAUAGAAAUUAUGUAAUUCACCACCAAAUUUAAAAAGCUGAUAGAAGUUGCAUGUUGCAUUGGAUGAAAGUUGUCGCAAUAUUUUAUUAAAAAAUUGGAGUGUUCUUCCCCCCUCCCCCGGUGAAUAGUGUUCGAAUGAUAUGGAUAGUGGGCAAAUUUUUUUUUUUUUUUCUCCAGAGCCUAUGCCAAAACAUAUGAAGCAUACAUUAGUGGUAGGAUAAAUGAAUGGAAUUUCCAACACAAGCAUACCUUGGAUGUUAUAAAUAGUUGAGCCCCUUUAGCUUAGAAAAUAUAUUUAAGCUUUACAUCAAUAGCUAAUAAUUGUUGGCUAUUAGUUACGUGUCAAUAUAAACCUAUAAUUAAGUCACAACAAUUAGACAACCCUGCAAAUAGAGGAGUAGGCAUCAACACUGAGUGAAUCAGAGGGGCUAACAUUCUUCCAAGUAAAUGUGGUGAUCUUUA